ACUUGAGACGUGGAAGUUGAAUGUGUGGGUUUCAAAAAAAUAUUAAUUCUUCCUCUUGCCUGUUAUUUCUUCUUGAUCAGAAUUUUGUCUAAAGUAUUUAAAAUUUAUAGUAAGUUUCUCCCCGACUCCAAAAUGAAAUACCAAGAGCCUGAGAAAUAAACGCUUCAGUACUUACGUGAGGUGCCACCGUGUGGAUUCAAAUAAUAUAACAACUGUAUAUGCCAAAAUCCUAUUUAAUAUAUUUGCUUUGAAUGAUCCAGCCCCCCUCCCCGAUAUGGAUGGGUAGAUUGACCAUUUGCUUUGGUAUUCAUACCCAAAAAAGCCGUACCUAAGCAAUACUUACUAUGCCAUUUAACAUUAAUUUGCAUUAUACUGUAUAUCAUUCAAAACAUGACAAUGCUAUUACUAUUUAUAUAUUUAUAACAUAUUUGUAAUUUAUUUUUGGGUAAAGCCAUUUCAUCUUUAUUCCGCGCAACACCCCCCCUCAUUUGGCAUCUGCUUAUCCUGGUCAUAUUGGGAGAUGGCUUGGAGCCUAGCUCAGGCAGCACAGGUCACAAGAUUGUACUACUUAUCCCUGGACUGGAUGGCAUCCAUACACCGUGUUUUAUAACAAAUAAUAAAUAUAUAUUAUAAUAAGCUAAGUAACAAUAAGCUGUGCCAGGACGUCUCAGCUGUUAAUAUAGGUAUAUUAACAGCGACCAUCGGGGUCACUUACCGAAGAACAACAGGCUGCCCAAAAUGUUGUUUAUGAAACUACAUUUCCCACAAGCCACCGCAGCGUAAACGCCUCAGCUGCACCAGAAGAAGGAAGUGAGAUAUGAAAACUUGAGAGGGUUCGAUUAGAGCAGCAUGAAAUGGAGGAGAAGAAGUUAAAGAGAAAAAGCCCCCGGCCGCCCAGCGCCCAGCCAGCUCAUCCUGUGACCACCCGAAAAAAUGCGGCAGCCAGUCGCAAUCUCAGCGUGGGUAACACGGGGACCACGCAGAGGACGAAGUAUAGGAAGAAUACCAAACCCAAACAGCAAGGACCAUCAGGGAAGGGUCAGACUGGCCCCGUCCAGCACGCCUUCCUUACCGAUGUUUCAGACGUCCAGGAGAUGGAGAAGGGUCUACUAAGUCUCCUCAAUGACUUCCACUCAGGCAAACUACAGGCUUUUGGUAAUGAAUGUUUGAUUGAUCAGAUGGAACAUGUCCGGGAGAUGCAGGAGAAGCUUGCACGACUGCACUUUGACCUCUACGGAGAGGUGGAUGAAAUGCCAGACGACAAGAAAAAGCUUGCCAGCGAUAAUAACAUGGAUAAACUUCUAACAAAUUUGGAGGAGUUGAGUUCAUCCAUGUAUCCUUUUCUUAAGGUGAAGUAUUUCAAGGCUGACAACCUGUUGAUUGUUGCUUGUUUCUUAAGUGACAGAUUUGACAAAUGUGCCAUAAUUAAAUACAGGUCAUAUAUGAAUUAUGUUAUGAAAAGGUGGGUAUAUCCAUCCGUCCAUCCAUCCAUCAUUCAACCUCCUAACCUUAUCAGAAUCACAAGGGGUCCUGUGACCUAUCUCAGGCAGGACAUAGUGCAAGGUUGGAGUAUACUUUGGCUUGGAUGGGGCUAGACAUUCACCAUUGCAAAAUUACAUUACAACAUCAUUUCUAACGAGGACUUAAACAUGUUUUUGAGUCUCACCAAAUGAUUAUGAUGAUUAUAUGAAUUUAUUAAUAACCUAAAUUGAUUUACACUUUUUGCACACUUUUGGCCUGUGAUUACUCUGGAUGAUCCUUAAUGCCCAUUCAUUACUAGUCAAAAGCUCAACCUUGCCGAAAGCCAGGAUUUACCAAGAACAUCCAGCAGCUGAUUGGUGGAUGCUUAUUAAUGACAUGUAUCAUUCAAUGAAAAAUAGCAAGAGGCUGUAAUAUUGCAUAUUUACAUCAUGAAUUAAGUGGUAUGGUGAUGCACCCACAAUAGAAUUACAGGAUGGAUUUAUUUUAGUAGGAUGUUGAGGGGUUCAACAGUGCAAGGACUGACUUUGCAUCCAGGCCUAUGGCCAAGAUGAUCCAGUCAUGAUUGGGAGUUCCCCAGUGAAGGCCUGUAAUUCACAUUGUUUCACUGCUGCAGGGCAAAUUCAGUUUUCAUGUAGGUGUGUUGUACUCUUUGUCCCAUCAGUGCCAACCAGCUCCCCCAAAUGGUGCAAUGUGAUAUAUUUAUUUUUUUAACAUGUCAAGCUUAUUAAGGCACCGGACAAAUUGGAUGACCAAACCUCCUGCUAAGAAUUUAUUAGAUUGGGAACCAUCUUAGGACAUUAAAGAUCUGAAAAGUACAUGGUCUGAAGUUUGCAGUUAUCUACCUUAAAAGUGACAGUGUAAGCAUUAAAAUAUAUGUUCGUUUACAGUUAUGAUGGAGGGGAUUGUUUUCCUCAGAUUUCAUAACUUUUCAUGAUUCUUGUGAUUCCAUGCAUACAGUAAGUCCGCCUUGGGAACCCCGGAUUGUGAACUGACAGCAGCUACUGCUGUAAAUAGAUCAGCUUUUAUUUAAAUUGCUUCUUUCACCUCUGCACAGCUGUGAAUUGUUACAUUUAUGAAUUAUAUGUAAUAACUUUUUAUGUAUAUGACUACAAAUAAAAUAUUGGGCUUCCAAAUAACAAAGAUGGACCACUAUUGCUUUAUGAAAUAAUAGAUAAAAUGUUAUAUAAUGACCACUAGCCUUAUUUUCUUUUAAUUUGCCUUAUUAUUAUGGAAUGUAUUGCAGAUAUCAAUAAAAGUUGAUUAUUUUGCA